UUGAGCUAAUAGAAGUCAUGAAACUGGCUGCCCGUAGAUUGGGGGAGGUAAUGACUUGGAAGAUGGAACCUUCUGAAGUAAUGGAAUCUUGAAGCUUAUCCAUUAUAUGAGUGAAAACUAAAUUGCAUCAAUAUUUCUACUGAACUGGGUACACAGAAAUUGCCAUAUAUGUCACAGUACACUGAGAAAGAGCCAACAGUAAUGGAUCAAGAAUCCAGCAAGGCUGCUUGGCCUAAAUCAGCAGGAGGCUAUCAGACAAUUACAGGCAGGAGAUAUGGAAGAAGACAUGCAUAUGUCAGUUUUAAACCAUGUGUGACCAGACAUGAAAGAAGUUUAGGCCGGGCUGGUGAUGACUAUGAAGUGUUGGAACUAGAUGAUGUUCCAAAGGAAAAUUCCUCAGGUUCCAGUCCAUUGGAUCAAGUUCAUUCUUUACCCAAUGAACCUAAAUUUGAAAAAAGUGAAACAGAAAUUUCCACUCGUGGCACAAAAACCAUUGAGAGCAGUCCAUCCUUUGCUGUAGUACAUCAUAGUGAGGAAGGCAUGGAGACCUUAGGAAGCAAUAAGAAUGUUCAUAAUCACUCUGAGGGAGGAGAGUAUACUGUGGGAGCUUGUAACGCCUCAAGUAUCCAAAAUGGAAUUGCAUUGGUUCAUUCUGACUCUUAUGAUCCAGACAGCAAGCAUGGCGAAGAUAAUGACUGUCUUCAACUUUCUGCAGAAAUUGUGAAAGGUGAUAGAUACCAGGAAGCAUUAGGCAAUACAGUGUUUGAGUUGGAAAAUGGAGAGGCAGAAACAUAUGCUGGUCUAUCACCAUCAUUUCCCUCUUUUAACAGUGAAAUAAGCAACGAGUUUGAAGAGGUAGAUCCAGCAUCAUUAGUGAAAAGUUCUGGUGAUACUGAAUUUGUCCUUCAGAAUGGGCAGGAAUUUCAGAGGUCUUCUGAAGAUGUUGUUAGAAAGGAACAGGAAGACAAUAUUGACCAGGAAAAACAGACAGAAAAUUCAGCUGAAAAUGUAGCUUGUAUUACAGGGCAUAUUUGUAGUGAACAAAAUCCUGGUGAUAGGGACAAAAAGCAUGGAAGUUCUCCUGAACAGGUAGUGAGGCCAAAAGUUAGGAAAUUGGUAAGUUCAAGUCAAGUGGACCAAGAAAUAGGUUUUAAUAGGCACGAGGCUAAACAAAGAAGUGUUCAAAGAUGGAGGGAGGCUUUGGAAGUUGAGGAAUGUGGCUCAGAAGACCCCUUAAUAAAAUGUGAAGAAUAUGAUGGAGAGCAUGAUUGCAUGUUCUUGGAUCCACCUUACUCAAGAGUUAUAGUACGAGAAACGGAACACCAUAUAACACCUGAAAGCAGAGCUGUAGCAGGAAGGCAAGAACUUCAAGAUAACAGCUUUUGGAAUGGCUGCGGAGACUAUUACCAACUCUUUAACAGAGAUGAAGAUAGUUCAGAAUGUAGUGAUGGGGAGUGGUCGGCUUCUUUACCUCAUCGAUUUUCUGGUACAGAAAAAGAUCAGUCCUCAAGUGAUGAAAGCUGGGAAACUCUGCCAGGAAAAGAUGAGAAUGAACGUGAGCUACAGAGUGAUAGUAGUGGCCCUGAAGAAGAAAACCAAGAAUUAUCUCUACAGGAAGGGGAACAGACAUCCUUGGAAGAGGGAGAAAUUCCUUGGUUACAGUACAGUGAAGUCAAUGAAAGCAGCAGUGAUGAGGGAAAUGAGCCUGCCAAUGAAUUUGCACAGCCAGAAGCUUUCAUGUUGGAUGGUAACAAUAACCUUGAGGAUGACUCCAGUGUGAGUGAAGACCUUGAUGUGGACUGGAGCCUAUUUGAUGGCUUUGCAGAUGGCCUGGGAGUUGCUGAAGCUAUUUCUUAUGUGGAUCCUCAGUUCCUCACUUACAUGGCACUUGAAGAGCGCUUAGCCCAGGCUAUGGAGACUGCACUGGCCCAUUUAGAGUCCCUUGCAGUGGAUGUUGAGGUGGCCAAUCCACCAGCCAGUAAGGAGAGCAUCGAUGGCCUUCCCGAGACCCUUGUUCUUGAAGAUCACACUGCUAUUGGUCAGGAGCAGUGCUGUCCAAUCUGUUGCAGUGAGUAUAUUAAGGAUGAUAUAGCAACAGAGUUACCCUGUCACCAUUUCUUUCACAAACCUUGUGUCUCAAUUUGGCUACAAAAGUCGGGAACGUGCCCCGUGUGCCGCCGUCAUUUCCCACCUGCAGUUAUUGAAGCAUCUGCAGCUGCUUCCUCUGAGCCUGAUCCGGAUGCCCCACCUUCAAAUGACAGCACUGCAGAAGCCCCCUAAACCUUGAAUGGAAAUGAGAUCAGUCUAUCAGAGUAAAUCUUCAAAUUUCUUCUAAAUCUGAUGUGCAAAGAAUUAUAUAUAAAUAUAUUUAAAGUGCUAUAUAUAGUCUAUGCCAUAGUUUAGAAAGAAAAUACUAACUUUCUAAACUGAAUUUAGGUUUGCAGAAAGUACUAAACAUUUCCAAGCUGAAUGUUAAAGCAGUGCAUCAUUUUCUUUAGUUGAAUAUGUUGAUACUAAUUGUAGAGUCAAGCUUAUCAGUUAAUUCUCUCCAAAAGAGAUAGUCAUCUAUGUGGCACGUGUUACUGGUUUUGUCUAAAGAACUGCCACUAAGAGAUUAUAGUUAAGCUCUCGUGUUCACAUCAGAUGUGAAGACUGUGAUCACAACAGUACUAAUAUUUGGUUUCACUUGAAAUAAACUGUAAAACAUGGUUUUCAUGGGCCCUUUGUUUUUUGCUAUACCCAAAUCUCUUGGUUCAUAAUACUGAGAAGUUCUUUAGAAAUGUUUCUACUUUUCCAUGUUUGUUUACCAUUGGGACUUUUCAGUGCCAAAGACUAAAAUUUUGGCCAGAACAUCACAAGAUUUAAAAUCCUAGAAUGCUCCCUGAAAUAGAUUGUAAAUUAUUUAAUAAACAGUUGGUGUGCUUACUGUAAAGAUUAGUAAAGCAUAUAAAGAAUUGGUGUGCUCAGUUCUUAGUACAAUGAGAUGAAUUAGGUGGCCUUAUGAAACAGGUUGAUCUUCCCCAACCUGUUUGUACUUCGUUAAAAUUAUACUUGAAGGUCCAGAACACUCCUGGCAUAUUUGCUUAAUAAGUAUUGGAUGUAGUUAGUUUCAAGUGAUUUGGUUUGGGAGUAUUUUGAGGAGGUCUGAAAUUUUGCACAGGGUCAUCUUGAAUUAUCUAACCCCAAACCAUAAUUGCACAGCUUCUUUUAGGUGAUCACACACAGUAGGCAAGUUUGUACAAGUGUGGGCAGAACAGCUCACUUCAGAUGUGAUAUGAUAAUCAACACUAGAAAACAAUGGCUUUUAGAAAAUCACGUUUGAGCAAGUAAAGUAGUAAAGCACAUAGUGAGUGUACAUCCAUCCAAGUGGUCCAUCAACAAAUUUAGUUUGAGGUGUGUUUCUGUGGCUUUCCAAAUGCAGAAUU